UCUUGAAAACUUCACUGUUGUUCAUUAUAAAAAACAAUAAAGUCAAACAGGAAGAACGUUCAUAUUUUUAGAGAUAUGUAAGAAAUGUUGAAAAAUUUCAUCGUGGUUUUAAUAACGUUUGCAUUUGGUUGGUUUUUGUAUGGAGCCCGUUAUAUAUUUUUAGAAGUAGAGGAAAAUGCCUGUCGCAUGACAUAUAUGUUCGGUGAACCCCAAUUCUUGAAAUUGAAAUUCAAAGAAAAUAAAGAAUUUCCCCAUUAUGGCCUGUAUUAUUACUAUGAGGGUCCGGUUCAGCAAAAUAUCAAAUAUUUAACGCUAAGAGGUGCUCCAGUGUUAUUUGUACCUGGCAACGCAGGAUCUUUUAAACAGGUGCGCUCAUUGGCUUCAGUGGCUUUGCAAAAGGCAUUGGAUAACGAACACAAUAUACAGUUAAAUUAUUUUGCAAUUGAUUUUAAGGAGCAAUUAUCUGGCUUUUACGGUGGUUAUUUGGAAGAUCAAAAGAUGUUUUUAAAACUCUGCAUUCAAGUCGUUUCAAACAUAUAUGAAAAAAAGAAAAGUGUAAUCAUUAUCGGUCAUUCAAUGGGAGGCAAAGUGGCGCAAGCGGUUUUAGAGCAGCGAGGCGAUUUUACGAAAAUCAAUAGUAUAAUUUUUAUCUCUUCUCCACUGGACAUUCCCGUAAUAAAUCUUGAUUAUGAAAUCCAAAAGUUCUAUGUGAAUAAUGAAAAAUUUUUGUCAAUCAAUCGUGAACGAUAUUUGGCACACAACGAAACGAAUACUUGUGUUGAUUUAUAUCAAAAUGUUUCGUAUUUUCGAAGCCAAUCAAGUUUCAUGGAAAAUAUCCUGAUGAUAUCAAUUGGUGGUGGUAAAAGAGAUUUAAUGGUGCAAGAAUCCUUAACGAUAUCUAAAUAUUCUGACAUACAUGCAAUGACUUCAUCAAUACCAAAGGUUUGGUUGAGUUGCGAUCACUUGUCCUCAGUGUGGUGUCUUCAGCUGGUUAAGGUCAUUAAUCGCUUCAUUUUUGCUGUAGCUACCGUUGAUUCUCGCAAUGACGUAUUCUAUUUAGACGAAAAGGGUUUACGUGUUCAAGCAGCAAUGAAUUAUUUUGUGAAACCUCUAAAUAGGCAUAAGGUAAUCGAGUUGUACUUCAACAGUAAUUAUAAAUCCGUGUGGGAUGAACAAUCUAAAAUAGUUUAUGGAAAGCUAUUUAAAAAUGGUUUACGGCAUUAUUACAAUCAGCUGCUUACAAUCCAAAAAUACAAAGAUUAUAAGAAAUUUUUUAUGGAAGUAACCGGUCUCGAUGAGAAUAAUUGGCUUUUUGCGUGCUUAGAAACUUUCCACGAAGGUAAUUCGCUUGGAUGCAACAAAGGAAUUCCGAUAUCUCACUACAUUCAAAAUAUACCGGCGCAGGAUACAUUCCGAUCCGUAAGCUUAAUUGAUGUCGAACAUGUUUUAAAAUAUUACCCCAAUUGGACUCAUAUAAUGAUACGAUUACCACCUACAAAUAAAAAGGUUUCUUUUAAAAUCGAUAUUUACAAAGCAAAUGAACGUAAGAUUAUUUUGAAGGCUCCGCGAUUUUCCUUUGACCGAAAAGUUCUGAUAACUGAAACAACUCACGCAACUAUGCAUUAUAUGAUUUUAAUUCAAGAUUUGGAAGAACCUAUUUCAACAUUGAGGUUUGAUAUUGAGCCAAUUGCUUGCGUAGACAAACCUUUCCAAAUCACAGGAAAAAUAUGCGUACCUUGGGUUCGUGGCUUCGAAAGAUAUAAACAUUUAAGCCAUAAUACGCUGGACAAAAGUAUUUACGUUAAUGUUCCUAUACCUACACCGACGGGAUACAACACCUCUGUGAAUCCAGUAUGUCUUGAACUAUUCUUGGACCCACCUUGCCGUUAUAAGAUAAGCUACCAACUCUCAAUUGCUGGCACCGCUUCGAAAAUUGUUCAAGAAUUUUAUCAUUGGUUGCCUGCGCAUUUGACGAGUGUUCUUCUUAUAAUUUUAAAGCACGAAAUCGUCAAUUUUCAGAAUCCAAGAAACUCGUGGUUUAUCAAACCCUACGUUGCAUUUUUUCAAUAUAAAUCUUUUUAUAUAAUAACAGCAUGUCGUCUCUUAAGAAAACUGUUAGCGCCAUUUGAGAUUUUACCGAGUGCUGCAAUAUCAAAUUAUACCAUCUAUAUUUUAAUUGUAAUACACAGUACUGCCAUCGUUGUUUCCAUUUUGUUUGUAUCUAUAAUUUGGAUAAUGCUGGUGUUGUACGGAAACCUGUUGUAUAAAGUUGCAUCCAAUUUAGUGGGCAUAUCCAUACCUUUAUCGAAUGUGCUUACGCAGAUGGUUCCAGCCUUACCACUGAGUUUCGGAAUUGUCUUCAUAUCGAUUGCCUAUGCUUCAUGUAGUGGUGUCGCGCUUGCCUUGGCUUCAGUAUUCUAUUUCGUAACGUUGGCGAAUACAUACAAGCGCUACUUGCAAAGCUGGGUUUUAGAAAACUUAAAUGAAUUGCACACAAGGUCAUCAAAUAAGCAGAAUGAUACGGGACAAGCAUCGUGUAAUUACUGUGAAGGCUUAAUGAAUUUGACUUUCCAUACAAUAAUGUUGUUACUCUUAAUAACCAUGACUGUAAUAAAUUGUGGAGUUACUAUAGCUUGGAUGAAGUCCGAAAGCAAUGGUUUCACAUUUAGUGACCCCUUCCUGUUACCAGCGAUCAUUGUGUUAUUAUGCAUGAGUAUAUUAUUGCAUCUAAAGGCUCCUCACAUGUCUUUUGGAUACCAUAUCAUCGUCAUCACGCUUUACCUUUGUGCCAGUGCUUGCAUACUUUACUGCCAGGAACAUAUAUUUGGGCUGAAAUAUACUAUUGCACUUGUCUACGUUCUUAUUACAAUUCAAGAACUGCUUCACUGUAUUAUAAAAUGAUGACUUUCUUAAUAUGUUAGGUCAAAGUUAGUACAAUAAAACUUACUGCUUAUAUUGCUCACAGUUACUGAUAUAUCACUAACCAUCAGGAUAAUCACGUGUCUGAAAAUUAGUUUUCGUCUGUGAUAAAGCCAAUAGUUAAUAAACGUUUUUUUGCGAUGACGUAAGAUUUCCGUGUCUUUUUCGUCACUAUCAUUCAUGUGUUAACGAAGAAGCAAAAAAAAGAAGCAAACUUGUAUUUAUAUUUAUAUGUGGCUGUCAACAUCCAAAAAGUAGCAGCUAGUUGUUCUGCUUGAUAAAUUGAUAAACGAACCUUACUUUUAGCUAAAAGGGUGUGCGAACCACGGCGCAUUAAAGAAAUUUCAAAUUUAUUAAAAAGGAAAUAGGCAUUUCGCUUGUAACAAUCAACAUCCGCUGGAGUGAACGCAUCUUGUUUAAGGCUAAUAGAAAAGCUAGUUUUUUCUGCAUUUUUUAAAUUGAUGGAGCGAACAAUUAUAUAAUGAUAAGUAUUCUUCAAGCGAAUUAUAUGCAUUGAUUCGCUAGGAAGUCGCUGACCAUUUUUAAAAUAAUAACAGAGUGUAGUGAAUAUGUUGUAGUGUGAUCGAAUAUCAUGGUUAAUAUGCAUCCACUUUGAAGUGUGACAGAACUAUGCAAAAUUAGCAUAAUUCAUUUGUAAAAAGAAAAAAGAGAAUUAUAUCAGAUGUCAACUAGCUGAGAGUUGCAUUUCGUAAUGCGAUACAACGCUAGGCGCCCUAAUCAAAUUAAUCUUUCACAGUUUUAUGCUUACGCUAGCAAUAAGAUAUUUUGAGAAAUUUACGUAUAAAGAGCCAUGCCAAAAUUAAAUAAAGUCAAUUGUUAUGAAUUAACUAUUCAACAAAACGUUUCAUUCGCUGCAUUGAAGGCGUUCCAACUGCCUACUUUAUUUAGCUAGGGACAACUUCUAGCCGAUCUCUGUGUUGGAAGCUGAUCGUCUUGACGGAAACAGCAGAGCAGUUUAGAAACUUAUUCUGCAUGAAUACCAAAAUCACCCAAAAAGAUCCAUAGAGAAUCUUUCUAUAAC